AUGACACUCGUACGGAACACACUCAUCCUACGACCAUCUUCAUCAGCGAGUUUUGUUGUCGUUUCAUCAAGUACAUUCGACGUUCCGGCUACCAGUUCUAUUCAGCCCGAGCCACCUACAGAGUAUGAAAUAAAGCGUCUGCUGCAACAAAGAGUUCUAACACAUUUCAAUAACAGAGGGAAAAUUGAAGUCGACAGUUUUGUCAUCCAUUUCGCCGUUUUCAUAGAUGAUCCGUGUCGUCUCGUAUUCGUUUGUGUCUCAGAGCCAUCAUAUGGUUCAGCAGAUGCUCAAAAGUUUCUUGAUCGUGUCCGGAGUCUCGUAUUGAGCCAAGCUCAACUUAUAAUGCUAAUUCCUCAAUGUUUGGAUAAGGAACUUCAACCUCAUGUUGAUUAUGCUAUAUGUUCUCUCAUGAUGGCCGAGAAUACUGCUGAGAAUCCACAGAACCACCGUGUCGAUGAGCUACGGCAGCAGGUUGAUUCAGUCAAAACUAUCAUGGCUGACAAUGUAAACGCCAUCAUUCAACGUGGAGAACGUUUGGAUAAUAUUGAAAGACGCACAGAUGAAUUGCAGGCUAACUCAGAGAGUUUCAAAAUGACUGCUCAUCGUGUUCAACGAAAAAUGUGCUUCCGUAAUGCCAAGUGGACAGCUAUUACAGUUGUUGCAACUCUAAUCGGACUGACAAUUUUGAUUUUGAUUAUUCUUGGAGCUGCCGGUGUCUUCAAAAAAUAA